AAAAAAAAAGAAAAAUAUUAAUGAGCUUAACAUCAACGCAACUUGUACAAAAAGCCAUUAUCAACCAAUUUCACUGAACCAUAGAUCUUGAAUUGAGAGCUACUUUGAAGAAGAAGAAGAAGAAGAAACUAGGGUUGAAUCAAAGAUGUCUUGGCAAACAUAUGUUGAUGAGCACUUGCUUUGUGAGAAUGAAGGUAAUCAUCUCACUUCUGCUGCUAUUAUUGGCCAAGACGGAACUGUUUGGGCUCAAUCUGCCAAUUUUCCUCAGUUCAAGCCCGAAGAAAUAACAGGCAUCAUGAAUGACUUCACGGUACCUGGAACACUUGCUCCAACUGGUUUGUAUCUUGGGGGAACAAAAUACAUGGUGAUUCAAGGAGAGCCAGAAGCUGUGAUCCGAGGGAAGAAGGGUCCAGGUGGUAUCACCAUUAAGAAGACCAACCAGGCUUUGAUCAUUGGAAUAUAUGAUGAGCCGAUGACUCCUGGACAAUGCAAUAUGAUUGUUGAAAGGUUGGGUGACUAUCUUAUUGAACAAAGUCUCUAGGCAUAAUUGUGUAUUACUGUCAUCCUUACAUAGUUGUGGCCGUUAACAAGAUGUCAUGCUUGCUGUUUACCGAGGAGAAGUUUGUAAUCAUCAACUGUUCUAUCAUUGUAUUUCUUUGUUCUAUGUUUUUACUGAUAUAAGCUGUCAUUGAGCACUUGGUUGGUUAUAUAUAAUGGAGACUUGCUUAAAUUUGGAUUUUUGAUCUGUUUGUCA